AUGGAUACUGUCUCUCAUCAACGGCACCCAGCACCCGGCACCGUGUCGCAAGGACAGGCACUCCCAUCCAUCGCCUCCCUCACCAGUACCCUCUCCCCGUCUGAGCAGAGCCCCCUUCGCCUCAGACAGCAGUCUGAAGCUCGCGAGGUCCGCGAUUCAGGCAAUUGGUCCAUCUCUCAAAGCAAGCACUCAUCUACUGUCUCCCAAGGUAUGGGUUUGCAGCUACAAACGCUUCUUAACCCCUCUGAAGAGCUGCCAUCCCGCAACUCGAUCCCUGAAACCCCUUCUUCGGCUAGAUACCCCUCUGGCCUCUCCCAGUCAUCUCAGUCUAAUGCUCUCCCAUCGCUCAAUCAGGGGUUCGAUAACCGGCUGAGCUUUGAAGCCGGCUCGCAUUUUGAUUCUCGACGCAGCAGUGUUGACAGCCGGAUGAACGCUGGAAUGAACCAUCUUGCCAUCAGCCCGUCUUCACCAUAUGACAGCCAAAAUGCCUCUCGAGUCUCGCUUGUUUCGAACCUCCAGCAACAACGAGGAAUAACGCACCUCGACACACGCCCCAAUGGCGCCUCGCCCUUGUCGCCCAUGAGCCGCAAUGGCCCGCGUGCCAACCACCCUCCACGACGUGCUCCCGUCAUCAAUCCGAAUCCGCGAAGCGUAUCGGGCAUGCCAGACCCCAUGGCUGCUGCCCCAACCAAGGGCUAUGCCUGGGCUUUCCCGGAUGAGCCCGAACUAGACGACAAAAGGGUAUCUAGCAGUGGUGAGUCAAGUAUAGAACGCUCAACGCUCCCAUCGCGCCAAAACAGUUUUGCCACAUCUGUCAAUAGUAGCAUCUUUACCACAGACUCCAAACUUCCCUCUGGACAACAGCGAUUAGACGAUGAUAUACAAAGCACCCACCACCACUCUAUGCAACAUCGCAGCGUUACGAGCUUGCAGGGUAUGAAUCACGCGGAUGCUUUAUCUCCCGGCAGUGGAAACUACAGUCGCACUCCCGAGCUGCGGAUCAGCCACAAGAUGGCUGAAAGGAAGCGAAGAAGCGAGAUGAAGAACCUCUUCGAUGAAUUGAACAACAUCCUGCCCAACUCUCCUGGCAGCAAAUCCAGCAAGUGGGAGAUUCUGACCAAAGCCAUUGAGUAUAUCAAGAACCUUGGCAGAGCACAUGAAGCCGCCCGCGCGGAAAAUGCUCGCCUGCGACCAGACGCUGAAUUCUGUCGACGAGCGCAAGAGGAGAACGAACUACUGCGCAACGAGUUGGCCGCUGUCUGGAACGCUCUUCGCCGGGUUGAUCCCGCCAGUCCGCACGUCUAUGGGAGCAUGACGGGCAUGCUUGCGCAGCAACAAGGCGCCACACCUGCAUCCACAAACAACGUGCUACCGCCAUUGCAGCAGCAACAACAACAACAAGCUCCACCACAGCCACAGCCGACUCAAUGGGGAGCACCGGCUCCCACUGCUAUGCAAGGUGUCGAAUUUGGUGGCAUUCGACCGUACGAGCACCCUCAUCGUUAA